CGAGUCCGGUUGCCGCUGCGCUACGGAAUAAAGGGGAGGGGAGGCGUCGGUUCUUUAAAGGGGCGAACGCUUCGCGCAGUGAGACGCACAGUUUUCUCCGGAAGAGAACAAGGCAAGAAGGGAGGCGGCGGGGAGGCGAGGCCCAAAGCAGUGCUUCGAAAAGCUGCGUCUGAUUUCUUCCCGCCGCGGUUUUCCUUCCUCCACUGUGAAUUUCUCCAAGCCGAGCAACAGAAAGGGAGCCUUCUCUAGAGUUGGAGGAAGAAGAAAAAAGAAGCAACGAUCCCUUUUAGCUCCGGGGUGCGUAGAAAGAGGAAGACGGCCGGCAAAGAACAGCCCUGGACGUAGCAAAGUGGGCGGUUCUCUGCCCCUCCAGUCCCAAGCCUGGUGGCAAGAAAAGUGCGCUGCGCCUGGAAACGAGAGCUCCGCGAGACUCGCCCGGCCUUCUCUCUCUCUCUCCCCGCUGUAGCUCGCGACGGUGUCCUACAGAAAACGCGAGGAGGCAACAGCAGGUGUUGCUGCAGGUCGUGGCGAAGGGAGUGCCUCGAUUUCCCUGCUGGAGCAGCAUAACAGGGCAGGCUUGGCAAACCUGGCCAUGGCGGCGAUCCGCAAGAAGCUGGUGGUGGUCGGGGACGGGGCGUGCGGCAAGACGUGCCUGCUGAUCGUCUUCAGUAAGGACGAGUUCCCGGAGGUCUACGUGCCCACCGUCUUCGAGAACUACGUGGCCGACAUCGAAGUGGACGGCAAGCAGGUGGAGCUGGCGCUUUGGGACACGGCUGGCCAGGAAGACUAUGACCGUCUGCGCCCCCUCUCCUACCCGGACACCGACGUGAUUCUCAUGUGCUUCUCGGUGGACAGCCCCGAUUCCUUGGAGAACAUCCCGGAGAAGUGGGUGCCCGAGGUCAAGCACUUCUGCCCCAACGUGCCCAUCAUCCUGGUGGCCAACAAGAAGGAUCUGCGCAACGACGAGCACGUCCGCAACGAGCUGGCGCGCAUGAAGCAGGAGCCCGUCCGCACCGAAGACGGCCGGGCCAUGGCCAUCCGCAUCCAAGCCUACGAUUACCUCGAGUGCUCGGCCAAGACCAAGGAAGGCGUGCGGGAGGUCUUCGAGACGGCCACGCGAGCUGCCUUGCAGAAGCGCUACGGCACGCAGAACGGCUGCAUCAACUGCUGCAAGGUGCUAUAAGAUUCUUGCCAGGCGGUUUUGGAGGGACUGGGCUGGAGUGGACAGCCCGUUGGAAGAGAGCCGCGCGCAGAACAAACCCGGGGAGGAUGGGUGGGUGUCGUGGGACUGCACUCUUCCGGAGGGGACGGGAACGCAUGUGUGGAAACGCACACACCCCGGGGCAUGGGGAGGCUUUGAUCUUGUAAGCAGAGGGUUGCCCCCUCACAAAGGCAUCGCCCUGUUUACUGACUCUGAAAGGCAGCCCCACUCGCCUUCCAGAAGGGCUACUGAGAUGACUGGAAUGUCCCCUUGCUCUCCCGUUUGCCUUUGCUGGGGAGGACUGAGGAGCCCGCGCUUACCGCCCCAAGCCAAAUGGGAAUCCGCUUCGCCAUCCUUUGUGAUGGAGGUUCUAGAACUAUGGCUGUUGAGGUGUGCCCCCCUCGCCCCCCCCAGGACACACAAUCUCUAUGAAGAGAUUCAGUGGUAGACAAAUUGUUCUCUUUUCUCUCUCCCCCCCCCUGUGAAUUAGUAUUUUUCUUGAGGCUCUGAAAAGGGAGGAGGGUGGGGGUUUUUGGACCGGAGGGAUAUCUGCUGUGUGUACAUACAAAACACUUUGUUUAAACUGGGAUACUGAAAUGGUGUGGCUUGUUUGACAUUGGACUGGCCCUAGCUUCUCUUGAGACUUAUGUACUGUACCAGUGAUGGGAAAUUGUGGCCUCUUCCUCUUCCUCUCUCUGAAUGUAUAAAGAGGGCAGUUGGGGGGGCAGGGGAAGAGGAAAAUGGGUUGACUAUUUUUACAAGUCUGGUGCCUGCUGUCAUUUUGUUCCUCCCCCUCCCCUACUUUUUGAGUUGCAAAUGCUUCUUUGUGGUUUAUUUAAAUAAAUUAUCUUCCUUUGCAAAAAGAGAACCUACUUUGCACAAGCUAGGGUGGUUUUUUUAUUAUUUUAGACACUUCAUGCACUUGUUAAUCUGCCAUCUGACACUGUAGCAUUGCAAAAAAGCCCUUUAAUCUGGAACCUCAUUUUGAGCACUUUCCAGCUAAACACUUUGAAAACGCCCCCCAUGAUGUCAUGAUGUAAGCACAUGAGUUGCUUCAAUUAUCAAGAGGGGGCUUCAAAAUGCUUAACUUUGGCUUGACUGUGCCCUUUGUUUUCUGUGUUACUGAUUGACUAAAGAAGCAAAACCACUGUAAUUGACUUUGAUGCCUUGAAAAAACAAGUGGAAACACUGUUUUUGUGACAUUCACUUAUCUUUUUAUAUACUAAGUGCACUCUAUUGGGCUCAUUUAAAAUGGCAGAACACCUAUUUUUUACAGGUCAGCUUGUAGGCCUGCGUGAGACUAUCUUGCGCUUCUCUGUUUAAGAGAACAGAUUUAAUUCCUGACCCCCUUACCUUUUCAUUUUCUACGGUGGUACUGAGGACUUUUAUUUUAAACAACAACACUAAAUUGACCUGGUUAAAAAAAAGAAGACAUGUGAAGUUUACAUAAAACUAUAUAAGCUGUGUAUGCAGGGUUUUUUUAAUGUAAAGUAUUAAAAGAUUCUAUGACUA